UAUAUAUAUAUAUAUAUAUAUAUACACACACACACACAUACAUCUAUAUAUCAGGAUAAUGUCCGUAUUGUUCGUUGGUAUACCAUGUUCUUUUGGCUUGAUUGUUUAGUCAGCUUGAUUUCUACUAUUUGGUUUGCAGUCAAUUGGUUUGUCUAUACAGACCACAGUUCACCUGAAUUAGCGGACGAUCCAGAAAAAUCAGCAGAGCAUGAUCGCGCUUUUAAAAUGGAAAGUCAAGUCAGUAUUGCUGUCUUGAUUGUUUUACGCUUAGCUCAUUUUUACUUUGCUUAUGUUGUCACUCGUUAUUACAAGUUAAUCAAUCGAUCUCAUUAUUCAAAAUUGCCAACAGCAGAAACCAUUGACUUGGAAGACACAAGUAGAUCAAACGAACCAUCACCAAAGCCUGCACAAGACUAAAGAAAACAUAGAAUAUAUCGUAUACAAUAAACAAAAUCCAUGUACA